AUGGCUACCAAGAUUGAACAGCAUGAUUUGGACAACUGGGUUAACACCACUAAUGAGAAAUAUCCUUUCUCUACUUCUGAAUCAUCCACUUCUUUAGCCACUUCGGGAUCUCCAUGGUUUGAACCAUUGGAGAACAUUAUUUCUUCGAACUCUAGCUCUAGUGUAACUUCGCCAAGUGACUCCAACAAUUUCCUGCUGACGGAAAACGGCUACGAUAACAUCUUUGCGUUCAACGAGAAUGACAAGGACUUCCAGCUGAAAACAGAAGACGAUGAUGACCAAUUGGUGUCAUUCGAAGCUGCUAUGGAAUCAAUGCCAGCCACUUGCAAGAAACAGAAAAAGAAAGCCCCAAGAAAGAGGUUGACUCAAAACCAAAAGGAGGCUCACAACAAGAUCGAAAAGCGUUAUAGAAUUAACAUCAAUAGCAAAUUAGCCAAAUUGCAACAAAUCAUUCCUUGGGUUGCGAGCGAGCAAUCAACUUUUGAAGUUGCUGAUGGCAACAAAAGGGCUACCUCCAAGACGGAAGAAGGUGACGAUGCCUUUGCAAACUUUCCAUCUACUACGCCUAAACUAAACAAGAGCAUGAUCUUGGAAAAAGCUGUUGAUUACAUUCUAUAUCUGCAAAAUAAUGAAAAACUAUUCGAGAUGGAAGUACACAGACUGAAGUCCGAACUUGGUGCUGUAAAGAAAGAAAAUCAAGAAUUGAAACAACUGGCGACAGGUAACUAA